AUGUUUGCAAUUAGAGAUAGUGGAGAUAUUUUUUCAUUUUUAGAUCAUCCAGAUGUGGUGGCUUCAAUUAGAAAUCCUUCAGUGAAGGAAAUGACAGAAAUUGAUAUUACUACGCACUGCCUAUUACCGUUAGCAGUUAAUACAGCGAGUAUUUUACAUGAUCAUCAAGUACUCGAUUUUCCCUAUAACCCUGUUUUAGCUUUCACAGCUUUGGUUAUGUGGCUUCAAUUAUAUACUAGGAAGUAUAAUAUUGGUGUUAAUUUUCCAAAAUCUGUUGAUUGUAUUUAUGAAAUAACAAAUGAAGAAAGUCGUACAGCAGCUCAUAAAUAUCGCGCUGAACUUGUUGUUGAAUAUGAAGCUUUAGAAAAACCUUUUGACAGUAAAAGAGGUAAUCCUCGAUACAUUUAUUAUAUACCUGAUCCUGAUGUGAUUGACAUUUGGCUUAAGGAAACUGAGAAGAUUGAAAAACAAAAAAAAAGUCUUAAGGAAAAUUCAUUCUAUUCAAAAAAAUAUCGACCUAAACAAAACGGUUCUACAAGUACAAUGGAUUUGGAUUCUUAUGGAAUUUUAUUUUUUGAUGAAGAAAUUUUUCCGUUAAAAUUUGUUACUUCAAAAUUGAACAAGAAAUCACAAAGAAAUCGGAAAACAAACAACAAGAAUGUCAGUUAUAACACUAAAAGUAAUAAAUCAGGUAAUGAAUCUUCAUCCAAAGAUCAUUCAGGUUCUACAACAAACGUUGAUGAUCAAUUAUCAAUGCAAGAAAGAUUAGCCUAA